GUACUAUUUAGACUGUUUCCGGCGGUGGAUCGCAGGCUGCUGCUGUUUCUAGUUUGGUUUCUGAUUCUUCGUUCCGAUGGCCAACAGAACUGUGAAAGAUGCGAACAGUAUUCACGGCACCAACCCGCAGUAUCUGGUGGAGAAAAUCAUCCGGACUCGAAUCUACGAGUCUAAAUACUGGAAGGAGGAGUGCUUCGGUCUGACCGCGGAGCUGGUUGUUGACAAAGCCAUGGAGUUGAAGUUUGUCGGGGGAGUGUUUGGGGGAAACAUCAAGCCCACCCCCUUCCUCUGCCUCACUCUGAAGAUGCUGCAGAUUCAACCCGAAAAAGACAUCAUCGUUGAGUUCAUAAAAAACGAGGAUUUCAAAUAUGUCCGUUUACUUGGCGCGAUGUACAUGAGGUUAACUGGCACCGCCGUGGACUGCUACAAAUACCUGGAGCCGCUGUACAACGAUUACAGGAAAGUCAAGAGUCAGAACCGGAACGGAGAGUUCGAGAUGAUGCACGUGGACGAGUUCAUCGACGAGCUCCUUCACGCAGAGAGGAUGUGUGACAUCAUUCUGCCUCGGCUUCAGAAGAGACACGUCCUGGAGGAGGCCGAGCUGUUAGAGACGCGAGUCAGCGCUCUGGAGGAAGACCUGGACGAGGUGGAGACCAGCGAAGAUGAAGACGAGGAAGAAGAGAAGCCGGAGAGACUCCAGACGCCCGAGCCCCACAGACGCCGCGACGCUUACCGGGACAGCGACAGACCUCGCCGCUCUCCGUCACCUCGUUACAGACGCAGUCGCUCGCCCAGACGGAGGAGCAGAUCUCCAAAGAGACGAAGCCCGUCACCGCGGAGAGACCGCCAUCGCAGCAAGAGCCCUCGCCGCCAUCGAAGCCGCUCCCGAGACAGACGCCACCGCUCCAAAUCCCCAGGUCACCACCGGAGCCACAGACAUCGCAGCCACUCAAAGUCCCCAGAGAGGAGUUCAAAAAAGAGUCACAAGAAGAGUCGAAGAGGAAACGAGUGAUCUCACGUCUACUUUUAUAUCUUGUCCUCCUUUUUUUGUACCUUCGAUCUGUCAGAUCUUUGUUUCUUUUACAAGUAAUUUCAGUUGUAGAUUUCGGCCCACUGACCUGUCUGUAAGUUAUUACGAUGUAAAGGUUCCAGCAGUGUUUCAUGUCCGGUAUCUAAUCACUCUCAAACCCUCUGAGAGACAAUAAUCUAAUAUAAUAGGGAUGCACCGAAUCCAGAUUUUUGGGGUUCGGCCUCCUCCCAUCCUCAGUCCACUAACACAGUAAACACAUGAAUGAAGUAAACAACGUCCACUGCCUCUAAAAUAGUUAA